AUGGCAGAACAUGUUGUCGCAGUUUCGCCCAACCUCCGCUACGGACGACUGAACACACUGUUAGGCAAAGGAGCAUUCAAGGUGGUUCACAAGGCGAUUGACCGUGAAGAAGGAUAUGAAGUAGCUUGGAAUGUGCUACAGGUAAGAGAGAGAGAGAAAAACAACAAGGAUAUUGCACACGAAAUUGCUAUGCUAAAAUCUGUCCGACAUCCAAACAUCAUUGCGUUUCACGAUGCCUGGCUCGGUGAAUCAAAGACUGAAUUUGUGUUCGUGACUGAGCUCAUGACGUCUGGCACCUUGCGUGAAUAUAUCCGCAAGCUCAACUCGCCAAACACCAAAAUUGUCAAACGCUGGUCCCGACAGAUUCUCAAGGGACUAGCCUAUCUCCACGCCCACAACCCACCCAUCAUCCACCGAGACAUCAAAUGCGACAACAUAUUUAUCAAUGGCGCCCACGGAGAGAUCAAGAUUGGAGAUAUGGGCACUGCUGAGAAUAUGUGGCUCGGGAACAAAAAGUACACUCUCAUCGGCACCCCCGAAUUUAUGGCCCCAGAGAUGUAUGACGAGCGGGGAUACUCUGAAAAAGUAGACAUCUAUGCCUUUGGCAUGUGUCUGCUCGAGAUGGUCACUGGCGAAUAUCCUUAUGCUGAAUGCACCAAUGCUGCCCAGGUCUACAAAAAGGUCUCCCAGCACAUCAAGCCCGAAUCACUUGGGAUGGUUCAGAACCAGCAAGUUUUGGAAAUCAUUUGUGGCUGUUUAUCAGAUGAAAAUGAGAGACAAUCUGCACAGGAACUUCUUGAAGGUUCAUUCUUAGCAGUCGAGCCAGACGUCGUAUUACUCGCUACAGAUCCGUCACACAAAAUCUUGACAUUACAAGUCGUCUUCAAGGGCUCAGACAAACUAUCCGUCAAAUUUGAGUUUAACGUCGAAAAAGAUACAGCAGAAGAAGUAGUGGCAGAAAUGAUUGAAGAACAGGUCUUACUAGAUAGAUACCAGCACAGCAUUACGGGAGAAAUAAACCGCAUCUUGCGUGAUAUGGAAAAGGAUGCUUCUAAUCCAGACAAAGCCAAGGAUAGACAUGAUGCAGUCUGGAGACGAGAGAAUGAUAUCCGCACCGAAUUGGAGCGAGAACGCAGAGAUCUGGCACGGAUGUCAGAGUUUGCUGCAGAAGCUGAAAGAAAAGUGGAACUUAUUCACCAACAAAUGCUACAGGCUGAAGAACGCCUUCGGGAAGUAGUACAAGAACGAGAUCAAUAUGCAAAAUUAUCAAGUCGUCGUCCAAGUGCUGCAACAUCUCCACCUGUACUUGAAAAAGAAGAUGAGAGAACAUUGUCUGAUACUGACUUGUCAGCAGAUGAAACACCUGAGGCCAUUAUGGAAGUGUUCACAGACUAUGCAGAUGAUACACCAAUUGAUAUAUUUGUUCAAGAAACUGCUGCUGCUGCUAAGCGUGAUAAGAGUAAAGCAAGUGAAUGGGCAUCAAAAUUAAAAGAUCAGGAUAUCAUGACAGCCGGUGACCUGCGUGGUCUACUUGACGAAGAUUGGAAUGGUCUUGGAUUAACUGUAUUUGCGCGCCGUGCCUUGAAAAAUAUGCUCAACCACAAUCGAAGGGCACAAAAGAGUACAGACGCUUCUCUGGAAGACUAA